AUGACUAUAGGAUUGAAGAAGUGGGCAGUUAGUCUCUGCGCCAGAGCUCUACUUCUUCCUAUCGUCGCAGCUGUGAAGAUAACAUCGAGAAUGACUGGAUCCUGUGGGAAAAAGGCUCUCCGCGAAGAGAUCGAGGAUGGCGUUUUAAAACUGAGCCAACUCAUUCACUCCUUGCUGCGACCGUUGCCUACCCAAACUGGGGAUGGGACUUAUGUCGACGAAACACCGCCUGAACCAAGUUUAAUUGAUGACCUAAAUCAAGUGGACAUCAAGGACCUAGAAACGCUGGCUGAUGUCAUUCGAAAUGCUGCCACAGGAGCGCCUGUCAAUGAUAAAGAUUAUAUCAUGGAGAGAAUCAUCCGGCUCCCUUCUUCGUUACCCUCCAGGUCGCCAAAUGUGGAUAGGCUGAGCAAUGCUCUUCUCUCCCUUCUCUGGAACGAUCUAAAACAUCCCCCGUUGUCAUAUCUCGGUGAACAAACAUCCUUUGGCCACAAAUUGGCAUUGCAGGUUCUUCAUAUGCAAGGACUGUACCAUCGAAGUCGGUCCAACCAGCAGUGCUCCCAGAUCCGGGGGUCCUUUUCGAUAAUUUAUUCCGCACUGACCGCGAUGAUUAUACAUCUUGCCCCGCUUUAUGGCAGUAACCAGGAAGAACAGAAUACAGUGCGAACCUUCAAGGGUGGGAAGUUGAAGCCAGACUGCUUUUCCGAGAAGAGGAUUUUAGGGUUCCCACCCGGUGUUGGCGUGCUUCUCAUCAUGUUCAACCGUUUCCAUAAUUAUGUGGUUGAAAAUCUUGCCCUGAUCAACCAAGAUAAUCGUUUCCCGAAGCCAGCUGAGCCUAGUGGGAAAGCAUAUGCUAAAUAUGAUAACGACCUUUUCCAAACUGGCCGGCUUAUCACCUGUGGCUUGUACAUAAACAUCAUUUUGAAAGAUUAUUUGCGGACCAUUCUCAAUAUCAAUCGGACGGAUAGUGAUUGGAGUCUCGACCCUCGUUCUGAAUCCAUGAGAGGUCUUUUUGGUACGGCGAUCGACGAAGCAGGUGGCAAUCAAGUUUCUGCGGAAUUCAAUUUGGUAUAUCGGUGGCAUUCCUGCGUUUCGGAGCGUGAUGACAAAUGGACUCAAAAUGCCUAUAGGGAGCUAUUCGGUGACGGCAUGGACCCAAACAAAAUAUCCCUAUCCGAUUUUCUGCGGGUUCUCGGUAAAUGGGAAGCUGGACUUUCCAAGGAUCCUCUAAAGCGACCAUUUGCCAAACUUGCCCGUGGAUCAAACGGCUUAUUUAACGAUGACGACUUAGCCAACAUUCUCACAGAAAGCAUUGAAGAUUGUGCCGGCCCAUUUGGAACUUCACAAAUCCCUGCUGUCUUCAGAGCCGUGGAAAUUCUUGGCAUCAACCAAGCACGCCAUGGAGACUUUCGAGCCUCAACGAACAAUGUCGAACUCUAUCCUGGGCCCAUUGCCGAAGAAGCUAAAGAAUCCUUGGUGCCGGGAAGUGGGCUGUGUGCUAAUUUUACCAUAUCUCGGGCAAUCCUUUCGGAUGCUGUUGCCUUGGUGCGAGGUGACCGCUUCUAUACUGUGGAUCAAACUCCGAAGAAUUUAACAAACUGGGGUUUUAAUGAAGCUAGCUACGAUAACACAGUUGACAAAGGUCACGUAUUCUACAAGUUGUUCCUCCGGGCAUUUCCAAGCCACUUCAAGCCGAAUUCGAUCUAUGCCCAUUUCCCUUUGGUGGUCCCCGACGAAAACCGAGAAAUUCUCACACGGUUGAAUUCUUCCAGGAAAUACUCGUGGGACAAGCCGGCGAGGAUUCCCCGUCCAACCAUGAUCGAAUCGUAUGCUGCAUGCGACGCGAUUAUCAAGAACCAAAAAGAUUUUAAAGUUACAUGGGGGGAGGCCAUUGAAUUUUUGAUGCAUAAGGAAUGUCAUUCGUUUGGCAGAGAUUUUAUGCUUUCUGGUGAUGAGCCACCCAAUGCGGCAUCCAGGCAGAUGAUGGGAAGAGCAUUGUAUCAUGGUGAAUGGGAGGCGGAGGUUAAAAAGUUCUAUGAGCAGAUUACGCUCAAACUGCUACACGCAAAAUCAUACAAAAUUGCCGGGGUCAACCAAGUGGAUAUUGUGCGAGAUGUCGCAAACAUUGCCCAGGUACAUUUUGCAGUGGCCGUUUUCGGGCUUCCACUCAAGACUGGCGAUAACCCACGCGGCAUAUACACCGAAUCUGAGCUCUAUAUGAUCAUGGCGCUAGUCUUCGCUUGCAUCUUUUUUGAUGCCGACCCUGCCAAAAGUUUCCCUCUACGUCAGAGAGCUCGGAAGGUUACACAACAGCUUGGAGAUAUUGUCCUGCUAAAUGUACAGCUGAUCAAGCAAACUGGGUUCCUCAGCAACAUGGUUGAACGAUUGUAUGGAAACAAUAUGCUGACGGAGUAUGGGGUCCAUAUGAUUCGCCGUUUACUGGAUUCGGGACUGCCCCCUGAGCAGAUUGUCUGGACACACAUGCUUCCAACAGCCGGCGGCAUGGUAGCGAAUCAAGCACAAUUAUUUUCUCAAUGUCUCGAUUACUAUUUAUCAGAGGAAGGAUCUAUCCAUUUACCCGAGAUUCAUCGAUUGUCGAAGUUGGGAACUGCCGAAGCUGAUGAGCUCCUUUUGAAAUAUUUUCUAGAGGGAUCCAGGCUUCGAGCAACGGUGGGCGUGUACAGGGAAGUUGUCACUCAGUCAACAAUCAAAGACGGUGUAAAAACACUGAGCUUAAAACCAGGAGACCGUGUUGCUUGUAACUUCGCCAAGGCGUCUAUGGACCCGAAGAAGUUCCCUGAACCCGAUAAAGUUGACUUGACACGGGAUCUUGAUUCAUACAUCCAUUUCGGACAGGGCCCUCACAAAUGUUUGGGCUUUGGGAUUUGCAACGCAGCACUAUCGACAAUGCUCAAAACGGUGGGAAAGCUGGAAAAUCUGCGACGAGCACCGGGUCCUCAAGGCGAGCUCAGGAGGAUCCCUGGCCCUGGUGGCAUUAGCAAGUAUUUGGUUGUGGACUAUACUAGCUACUUUCCAUUCCCAACAACGAUGAAGGUACAGUGGGAUGGGGAGCUACCUCCAUGUGCAAAUUAA